AUGAUCUUUGCCGGCUCCUCUUCGCUGCUUAGGUGCUCAGCAAUCGCUGCAGCCCGAGCUCCCUCCACGCAAGCUCCAGCUUCACUUGCCAUUGCCUCCACCAGCAUCGCAGCAUCAUCGUCCAUUCUUCCUGCAUUUACCUUCGGAGGCUCUAUCCAGACCCGUAACUCCACCAAGCGUGGUGGUGGUUCGACCAAGAACAACCGCAACUCGCCCGGUAAACGUCUCGGUUACAAGAAGCAGACUGGUCAACUCGUGUACCCCGGUCAGAUUAUCUUCAGACAACGCGGUACCUCGUGGCACCCGGGUCCGAACGCAGCUAUCGGCAAGGAUCACACCAUCUUUGCGACCGCCCCCGGCUAUGUUCAUUUCUACUAUGCCCACGCACCCUCUGCAUCCGCAUCACCCGUGAGCGUAGCCACCACAUCACCGUCUGGUGUCAAGCUUCCCAUCAAGAAGCCUUCGCCCGUCUCAUUCCACGCCAAAGAGCUCACUACAACUCCUCACCCUUCCUCAAAGAAGCAGAGUCGUAGAUACAUUGCAGUUUCGCCCAACCCAGAGACCACAUUCCCUCUUCUUGCCGGCACCCCACGGGAGAGGAGAUUCGACAAGAUCGAUCUCAACUCCCUUCAGAGCCAGAUUGACCAGCUCAAGAUUCACCAGCAAGGUCUCGAGUCUUCGGAAGCAACGUCUGCUUGA